AUGAAUUAGGUAAUGACCUUAGGUUGUAUUUCAAAAAGAAUGAUGGAGACCUAUGCAGUUUAAGUUUUCUGUAUGAGUACUUGGGAUCAUUGUUGCUUAAUAUAUCACAAAAAGAAAAUUCUUUUUAAAUACCAUUAUUUGGAAGAAAAAAUAAUCAGAUAAAUUAUCUGGUGCAAAAAAAAAUCCUAUCGUAUAUUUGAUAUUUCAAUGUCCAAAAAAUAGAGGUUAUACUUCUUAUUGUGCUAAGAUUGGUUUAUUUACUUUCUUAAUUUUGAAUUUUAAAUAGUUAAUAAAGUACAAUUGGAAUGCAAAUAAUUCACCAACCUGUUAUUCUUAGAUCACUUAAACACAUUUGUUAUGGUAUAAUUCAAAUCAGUAAGUACUUUCUAAGUCGAGAUGAAAGAAAGAUUUAAAAUUGUUAAAUAUUAAGAGCUGCCUGGAUCUCUGGAAUGGAAUAGAUAAUGCAAAUAAUAGGAUUACUUUUAUAUCCUAUACAAUUCUCAAAACAUCACAAUUUAUGAUAUGAGAACUAUCUAACAUGUAGGAUCAAUUUAAUUAGGUAUAACGAUUUCAGAUUUCUAUUAUAUCAAUGAUCUAUUAUAUAUGGGAGAUGUCUAUGGUACUCUUUGGUGUUACGAUCUCAAUGGUAUACUUUAACAUUACUACGAGCAUGCUCAUGAGGGUUCGAUAGUGAGCAUGACAGUUCAUAAAGACGAAUUAUUCACUGUUGCAAAUGAUCUUAUUAUUAAAGUUUGGAAAUUGAGUAAUCUCUUACCUUGCCAAUCGUACCCUAUCUAUCAACUGUAGAUAUAAUAUUUCAAAUUCAUCAAUUACUCUAAAUACUUUCUGCAAUCAGCUGAUGAAUUAUUUAUUUGUGAUUUAAACCAUAUAUUGUAAGCCUAUUAUUUACAUAAUUCAUCCGUAUGUGCAGUAUCUAACUAAUGUAUUGCUUUUAAAAAUCACCUCCUCUACUCUAAUAUAACCUAAAGAGUCAUAUUUCCUUCCAAAACAGUAUAUUAAGUUCUCUAAAUAAUCGAUAGUCCAAAUCACCCAAACACAUGCUACUUUCAUUUAUCAAAUUAAACUUUAGCCAAAUGUGUUAAUAAUUAAUAAACGGAAGUUUUCAGUUUUGACAAAAUUCGGACCAUAAAUGGAGACAAAAUCAAUUAAGAAAUUACAUUUGUUCAAAUUGCUACUAUAUCUCCUCCUCUAUAUGAUGUUGAAUUAACUAUUGAUUCUAAUGAUCAGAUCAAAAUCUCCAAGAUGAUUAACAAUGCAGAUUAAUCUUUAUUUUUUAUUUUGGGUUGUUCAAAAGGAGCUGUAUUAUGUGUCCCUUUUGAAAAUUUUACUAUCAUUUACACCCGUAUAAAUUAUAACAAAGCUGCUAUUUAGAAUAUUUUUCAUUUUAAUGAUCAAUUAGUUAUCAAUAGUAUUGAUAAUGUCAUAAAUUUUGUUCAAAUUCAUUCCAAUAAAACAUAAUUGAUUAAAUCAUUUAAACUAUUUAACUUAGGACCUAUUCAUUUGACCCACUCUAAAUAACUAGCGAUUGCAAUAUCCAAUGAGUUAUUCGUUUUUAAUUCAAAUCUAACUGCUUAUGAAACUAGUUCUGGACAUGAAAACGAUAUCCUAUAGAUCACCAGCAACAAAACUUAUAUUAUUAGCAACUCUUUAUAACAAAUGAAAAUUUGGACUGCCAAUGGGUUUUGCAUUUAUACAAUCAAUUUUCAUGUUUAAAUAGAUUUUAUCUAUUAUCUAAAAGAUGAUCUUAUUACCAGCGUAAAUGGAGGACUUUGUCAUUUAUCCAUACCAGAACAUGAAGUAGCAGAGAUUGAUACCAAUGAAUAUAAUUAAAUCCAAAUAAUCGAUUUGGUAGUAUCCAAAAAAUAGUCAUCCAAAAGGGGAAAAUCCUAAUUCAUAUAGAAAUAAUCACUUAUUUCAUAACAUCUUAAACUAAAAAAUACCUUAGAACUACCAUCAAUUAAACUAAAGGUUUAUACACAAUCUAAUGAAGCCCCCCAGACUUCAAUCAGAAAUUAAUUUAGUACUAAUCAAACUGUAACUAAUAAAAGUACUAACAUUAGCACAUCUAAUUCUCAAGUUCCUAUUAGUAGAAGUGUUGAUUGCAGAUAUUAACUAACAGAAGAAGCCAGUUUUGUCUUACCUACUUUACCUAAACAAAGGGAAGACACUUCGCUAUUUAAUUAGUACCUCCAUAGUAAAAUCUUAAGAGGAAAACUAAGAAAUAAAAGAGAAUCGACUUAUGAUAGAAAGAAUGUGGAAAAUAUUUUAUAAUUAAAUUGA